CCCCCAAUCAUCCACAAACACACUGUUACAGUGCAAACCUGACUCUCUCAGUCAGUUUUAUGGUUUCUUCUGCAUGCAGCAGACAGCUGAGGAUGGGUAAAUGUGCUCAGAGAAUCUUCAGAGGAUCAACAGUUUUACAGAGACCACUCUCAGGAUUUGACGUCAUCCGUCUUUUAAUCUCGCUGAGAGCUCCAUGCUGGCCUUUUGUUUACGGGGGGUGAUCCACUGUUUGCUCUCUUUGCUGAGAGGAGCAGAUUCAUUAAUGCUCAGCUGUGAGUUAAUCACUACUUUCUUCAGAGCGAUGGCUUCGUCAGAUUUGAGGAAAUACAAAUAUUGAAGGAAAAAGGGAAUUCAAAGAGGGAUUUGAAAAAGAUCACUGAAAAGUCAAUUGGAUUGUUUCUGGAGGUUAACUUGAAAUAGACUGCUGGAGUCUGAAGCCAUGGACUGUGGACAGAGAUGAAGGUGUUUGACAGUCUCUCUGAAGGUUUUUUAUCAUUCUAGGAACUCAUUUUUUUUAUCAUUAUGGGCCAAGUACAGAGCGGCGACGAAAAGGAAGUGACUCUGCAAAACAUCCAGGAGCUGUACCGCAAGUUUGCGAGUGAAUGUCCGAGUGGAAAUCUGCAUUUACAUGAAUUCAAGAAAAUCUUUGGGAUCAACAGCAACUCCACAGAAGAAGAAUCUGCAUACAUGGACAACGUGUUCCGAUCCUUCGAUGCCAAUAAGGACGGGCAGAUAGACUUCAUGGAGUACGUGGCGGCGGUUCAUCUUAUUCUGCGUGGAAAACUCGAAGACAAACUGAGAUGGUCUUUUAAAGUUUUCGACAGGGAUGGAAACGGCUGCCUGGACAGACAGGAAGUGAAACACAUCGUCAGAAUCAUCUAUAAGUUAAAGAAGCACAACGAUCCGAGCGUCACGGCGAACACUGAUGACAUUUGUGACCGAAUAUUUGAACUGGUGGACAAAAACAAAGACAGUCAGAUUUCUUUGGAGGAAUUCAUUGAGGGGGCUGAAAAGGACCCGUGGGUGAUGGAUCAGCUCAAACUGGACAUUGGGCCCUGUGAUUGGUUCAUUGAACAGCAGGAGAAGAACCCAUGACGUCGUCAUGUACAGCCUGUAUUUUUAUGAUAAAUGACACUGGGGAAAAUUUUGAAUUUUUUUUUCUGUUGACUUAGAUUUUUAUGCUGAUUCCAAAAUUGCAGUCAGUUUUUUUCUAGCACGUCAAGUUUUUACCCUCCAGAUCAGCAAAGUUCCACUGAUCAGCUGUAGUAAGACUUGCCAGCUGAUCACGAUUGGACUCAUCUACAGCUACGUGGC